AUGGCUUCAAAAGCACUGUCAAAUAGUUCUGUUUCCCAGUUUCUAUCUACAUUAAUCCCCACUCUUGUCAUUUCAGUGGUUUUUGUUUUGUUAUUUGUCUUGAUUCGUAAAACACACAAACGAGUUUAUGAACCACGUGCCACUGUCAAGUCACUUCCUCAAGAUAUUAGACCAAAUGAACCUUCAUCUGGCCUUUUUAGCUGGUUAACUUCGUUGUUGAAGAGACCAGAAACAUUUAUUAUUCAAUAUGCUGGUCCCGAUGGCUAUUUUUUUCUUCGAUUCUUGUUUGAAUUUUGCUGCAUUUGUAUAUUGGGUGCAAUAAUCACUUGGCCAAUCUUGUUCCCAGUUAAUGCCACCAAUGGUAACAAUAACCAGCCAGGAUCCACCGUUAAAGGAUUUGAUAUCUUGUCACUUUCAAAUGUCCGUAACAGAUGGAGGACUUUUGCUCACGUGUUUUUAUCAUGGAUCUUGUUUGGUGCCGUUAUUUUCCUCAUUUAUCGUGAAUUGGUUUAUUACACCACUUUUAGACAUGUUUUACAAACAACUCCACUUUAUGAUUCAUUAUUGAGCUCAAGAACCCUUAUGUUGACUGAAUUAUCAACGACAAAGUUGACUGAUGACACUUUGAGAAGCUAUUUCCCCAGUGCCACCAACAUUUGGUAUGGAAGAGACUAUAAGGAAUUGGAUAAAGAAGUUGAAGAAAGAACUAAAUUGGCUGGCAAAUACGAAGGAGCUUUGAACAAGGUUUUAACCAAAGCUGUCAAGUUGAAAAACAAGUGUUUGAAAAAACUGAAACCAGUUCCAGAACCAGAAGAUGAUCUUGACAAGUAUUUAAAAGAUGGUAAAAAGAGACCAACUCAUAAAUUAAAAUUUUUGAUUGGGAAAAAAGUUGAUACUUUAAACUAUGGUGCUGAAAGAUUGGGCGAAUUGAACAAGUCUGUUGGUAAAAGACAAGCUGAAUAUGCUACAAACACUCAAUUACCAGCUGUAUUUAUUGAGUUUCCCUCACAGCUUGAAUUACAAAAGGCAUACCAAGCAAUCCCUUACAAUAAGGAGUUCAAGGGAGUUAAAAGGGUUACUGGUGUUGCUCCUGAUGAUGUUAUUUGGCCAAACCUUCAAUUAACACCAACCAAGAGAAGAAUACAAGCAAUUCUCGCCAACACUUUUUUGACACUUUUGAUUAUUUUCUGGUGUAUCCCAGUUGCUGUUGUUGGUGCUAUUUCAAACAUUAACUUUUUAACCGAAAAAGUUCCCUUUUUGAAAUUUAUUAACAAUAUGCCAGAUGUUCUUAUGGGUGUCAUUACUGGUUUGCUUCCUUCUGUAGCAUUGGCAAUUUUGAUGUCAUUGAUUCCACCAGUUAUCAAAUAUAUGGGUAAAAAAUCGGGACGUUUAACAGUUCAACAAGUUAAUGAAUACUGUCAAUCAUGGUACUUUGCUUUCCAAGUUGUCAAUGUAUUUUUGGCAGUAGCUUUAGGUUCUUCAGCUGCAUCAGUUGCUCAAGAAAUUGUCAAGAAUCCCAGUGGAGCUCUCAAACAAUUGUCGGAAAGAUUCCCACCAUCUGUCAAUUUCUACUUUUCGUAUCUUUGUUUGCAAGGUUUAACUAUUAGUUCGGGUGUAUUGUUGCAAAUUGUUGCAUUAAUCUUGUCGCACAUUUUAGGAAGAAUCUUGGAUAGCACCCCAAGAGCCAAGUGGACCAGAUGGAACACUUUGGGUCAACCUGAUUUUUCAGUUUUGUAUCCUGGUUUCCAAUUGUUGACGGUUAUCGCUCUUGCAUACUCAGUUAUUGCACCAUUGAUUUUGGGUUUCACCGCGAUUGCUUUUGCCUUGUUUUAUUUUGCAUAUAUUUACACCAUGGUGUAUGUCAUGAGACCAAGUACUGUUGAUGCCAGAGGUAGGAACUAUGUCGUAUCAAUGUUUCAAUUGUUUACAGGUAUCUUUUUGGCUCAACUUUGGAUCACUGCCAUUUUCGUAUUUACAAAGAAUUGGGCCUGUGUUGCUUUAGAAGCUGUUAUCAUAAUUGUGACAAUUAUUGCUAGAUUUUGGAUGAAGAGAAAGUUUAUGACUGUUGUUGAUGCAGUUCCAAUUUCGGCAAUCAAGUAUGCUGCUGGAGACACUACUUAUUCUUACCCAAUGUAUGAUCAAGGAUACAAGGAGAUUCAAACUGAAGGUCAAAACUAUUGGGAAGGUGGUAACCAACUUGGGGUUGUUGGAGGUGAGGUUCAUGAUCAAGUAUUGCCUUAUAGAAAUCCCGCCUCGGCUCCAGUUGCUGGUGCUGGUACUGGUGUAGGUGUAGGUGCAAGUGCUGGUGCAAAUGCUGGUGGUUUCGCUAAUGGAGUUGAUGCUGACUCAUCCAUCACCGACACCAAGGCACCUUUUGAUCAUCGUGGAUCAGAAUCCUCAGCUGUUGAUACGAGAGUUGGUCACACUGAUAAUGAAAAACAACCAUAUGGAUUAGAUACACGCAGUGGUGUACACGACCCUGCUACCAACACCACCACCAAUGGAGGAGGACCAUUUAGAGAAGACACUUAUAAUGACCAUGAAAAGUCUCUUGGAAAUGGCGUUGGAAAUGCUGCCAAGGGUGUUGCCGGUGCUCCAGGUAAAGGUGUUUCUUGGCUAAAGAUUUUCUUUGCUCCUAAAACCCAAACCUUUGAAAUGAUUAGAAAUAUCAUGCCUAGUUCGUAUUUCAAUUAUGUUGAAUACAACCCCGAGUUUAUCAGACACGCUUACGAUGAUCCUGCUGUCAUCGAUGAAGAACCUCAUAUUUGGAUAGCAAGGGAUCCAAUGGGGUUGUCGGAGAUUGAAAAGAACAAGGCUUUGAAAGAGGGAGUUGAUGUCACUGAUGAAAAUGCUACUUUUGAUGAUAAAGGAAACAUUAUCUUCACUGGUCCACCACCAACUUAUGAAGAAGCAAUCAGAGUAUAA